AUGCACGCUCUGAUCAUUGGUGGAAGUGGCCGUACAGGCAAGCUUGUAAUCGAGGAGCUCCUGAAGAAAAAGCACACCGUGACUGCUUUGGUCCGCAAUCCAGCAGCGAUGAAGGAGUUUGAAAAUAUUGACAUUGUCAAAGGAUCUCCAACCCAACUCUCUGACGUGAGACAAGCAUUUGAGCACCGUGUUCCAGAUGUGGUCUUGGUCACUCUCAACGCACCCCGUGUGUCUGAAAGUCCCUUUGCGGCGCCAGCCUCACCUCCACGGCUGAUGGCUGACAGCAAUGCCAAUGUGGUCACGGCAAUGAAGGAAUUCGGCAUCAAGAAAGUGGUCAUCAUGCAAGCUUUUGGAGUGGGCGCCUCGUGGCCGAACAUGGCCUGUCUGCUCCGAGGCUUGAUGAGCAAGACUAACAUGAGCUACACCUAUGAUGAUCACAACAUGACGGACCAAGAGGUCCGUAAUAGUGGUGUCACAUAUGUGAUGGUUCGUCCGUCUCGACUGGUGGAAACGAAUGUUGAAUCAGUCAAGGAGUGGCCCGAGAAUGGCAAAGGGGUGCCUAUGAUGGCAAGCACGAGUCGCAGGAGCGUUGCUCGAUUCUUAGUGACUGCGGCCGAGGAGUCUCAAUGGGACAAUAGCGCCCCAGUAAUCUCAAACUAA